AUGUUUCUAGAGAAGCUGCCGCUCGUGCACGUCGAGACCGAGAUGGACGCCAAGGCUGUUGUCCGCCGCAUGCGCCUGCACCAGAAGGCGCCGGCCGCCCCCGAAAAAACCGAAAUGGACGUUGCCGGCUUCAACGAGCUCGUCCAGGCGGCGAAGAGCGACCUCGUGCAGCAAGAAGCCGCAGCCAAGAACGAGCUCGAGUUCACCGCGGCCUCCUCGACAUCAAGUCUCAAACCGCCACCCAAGCAACCACCAACCAACCAAGAGCGCCCAACGUCGUCGUCGUCGACGACGUCCAGCAACGGGCGAGGUCCAGCUGCGAAAAAGCCUGUCACCGAGAGCCCCAAGGCGACGCUGGCAGCCAUCAAGCCCAAACCAUCGACGCUGAGAGGACCUCUCGCGACAAAACCCACGCAAGCGAGUCAUCCUCGACCCAGCGACGAGCCAAAGGCGUCGGGCAAGGUAUCGUCGCUCAAGCCUACACCUGUCCCUGCGCCCGGACCUGCCAAGCGCCCGUCGACCAAGACCUCUGCGCCUCCGCCCAAGCCCAACAAUAUUCCCGUUGCAGUCGUAAGCCUUCUCCACCGACCACCGACGUAG